AGUCUCGACGUGGCCGUGGUUGACGACCGGUCCAGUCGGGUUUGUUUAAAGAUUGGACAAAACCCUUGCGCUUUCCACUUCGCCGUUCCCAACCCUUAUAAGCCGAUAUCCUCCUCCUCCUCCGCCGCCGCCGUUGCUGUCUCCUUCUGUUCCGGCUCCGCAAAGCUAUUCUUGCUGAUCUAUCAUAAACCUCGUAGUUUUCUCGAGAUCAAUAAGGAGAUAGAAAAUAAUGGGCAGCGACAGCGAGAACGAGAAGUCUGUGAAGGAGAGGAAGAAGCUUAUGGCCGUCGCGCCCAUUGCCAAGCCUCUCGCAGGAAGGAAGCUCUGCAAGCGCACCCUCAAGCUCGUCCGAAGAGCGGCCGAGGCCAAGUGCUUGAAACGGGGAGUGAAGGAAGUAGUGAAGAGUGUCCGUCGUGGUCACAAGGGAUUGUGCAUUAUUGCCGGGAACAUAUCUCCUAUCGACGUGAUAACGCAUGUACCAAUCUUAUUGGAGGAGGCUGAUAUUCCCUAUAUAUAUGUUCCUUCAAAAGAGGAUCUUGCAGUUGCUGGAGUCACUAAAAGGCCAACAUGCUGUGUAUUGGUUACCACCAAGCCAACGAAAGGAGACGUGCCACAAGAGGUGCAAGAGAAGCUGCAAUCGGAUUACAACCAGGUCAUAGCAGAAGCAAAAGAACUCACAGCUUCCCUCUUCUGAAUGUGCCGCGUGCCCAUGUUUACUCAUGCUCAUGGAGUCAUGGUGGAUACUUUUAUGGAGGGCUAAAGCCUCAGGAUCCUAAGCAACAUUGCGACUCUAUAUGCAAGACAUCUUCUUCGAUCUUUUCUUUGUAUGUUUAAUGCAACAUGAAAGCUCAUUAGGUGAAACAUUCUUGAGACUUGUUUGAUCGAAUUGGCUUUGAUAGUAAUAUCAACUAGUUGUCGAGGAUUGGUGAUGCGUCGCAAUGGUAGGACAAUGUCAGCAAUGCUUAAUGACUGAGACUCUGAGAGAUCAUAGUGAGCCAUGAAGUCUAUUAUGGUAAGGUGGGACUUAAUGUAAAGAAUGCAAUGAAUCUUCUUUGUUCAUUAACCGAAGCAGCGACAUCUUUCCGUGCUUUACUCGUC